AUGGACACUACAACCUCUACCUCCGCCUUCCCUGCCUCCGCAUACGCCGAGCCUCUCGUCAAUGGCAACGGCAUCAACACCAGUGGACGCACGACUCCGUCAACGCCCAGGCGGUCAACGUUGGCCAUGACUGAAUACACUGCAAUGCCUACUCCUCCCUCAGAACGAGCAGAACUCCCAAUCUACGAUGUUCCCUCCGAGUUCAUUCUUCCCAGUGGCUACCCAGACUACCUCCGUCUCAUCCUCACCUCCCGAGUCUACGAUGUAGUCACCGAGUCACCUCUAUCGCACGCAGUUAAUCUCUCCAAUCGCCUGGAGUGCAAGGUCCUGCUCAAGCGCGAAGAUCUCCUACCCGUAUUCUCGUUCAAAUUAAGAGGCGCUUACAACAAAAUGGCCCAUUUACCGCCCAAAGCCAGCUGGAAAGGUGUCAUUGCUUGCUCCGCUGGGAACCACGCUCAGGGCGUUGCCUAUUCGGCCAGACAUUUAAAAAUCCCUGCCACCAUAGUCAUGCCUGAAGGAACCCCCGCCAUCAAACAUAUGAAUGUCUCUCGUAUGGGUGGCAGUGUUGUGUUGCAUGGCACCGACUUUGACUCGGCCAAAGAGCAUUGCCAUCUACUCGAGAAACAGUACGGCCUCACCAAUAUCCCCCCUUUUGAUGAUCCCUAUGUUAUUGCCGGCCAAGGGACCAUCGGAAUGGAAUUGCUGAGGCAAACUUCCCUGCAGAAAUUAAAGGCCAUCUUCUGUUGUGUGGGUGGCGGCGGCUUGAUCGCUGGAAUAGGCGUUUACGUCAAGCGGAUAGCACCUCACGUCAAGAUUAUCGGCGUGGAAGCUUCAGACGCCAAUGCCCUAGUCGAGUCUCUCAAGAAGGGCAAGAGAGUCCUCCUAUCCGAAGUGGGCUUGUUUGCAGAUGGGGCCGCUGUCAAGACUGUGGGAGAGGAGACCUUUCGACUAUGUGAAGAGGUCGUUGAUGAAGUCAUUGAAGUCAGCACGGACGAGAUUUGUGCCGCUAUAAAGGACGUCUUCGAGGACACCAGAUCUAUCCUGGAGCCCGCAGGCGCUCUUUCUCUGGCUGGUUUGAAGAAAUGGGUUGCCCAGAAUCCAUCGGAAGAUUCAAGUCGGGAACUGGUAGCAGUCGCCAGUGGAGCCAACAUGAAUUUCGAUAGACUACGCUUUGUCGCUGAAAGGGCCAAUAUUGGCGAACAGAAGGAAGCCCUCCUCGCUGUAACCAUACCUGAACGGGCAGGGACUUUUGCCGCCUUGAUUGAGGCCGUCCUUCCUCAAGCAGUCACCGAGUUCUCCUACAGAUAUGCCUCACCAGAUUAUGCUCAUGUCCUCAUGGGUCUUUCCAUAUCAUCCGCUGCGAAUCGAGACAAAGAACUCGGCUCUCUCUUCACCCGACUUGCCGCUGGGAAUAUGGUGGCCAAAGACAUCUCAGACGACGAGAUUGCAAAGACACAUCUUCGCUAUCUCGCCGGAGGUCGAUCCGGAGUGGCUAAUGAAAGACUGUACACAUUCGAGUUUCCCGAACGACCAGGCGCUCUUUUCAAAUUCCUUCGAACCCUGAGACACGGCCAGAGCUUGUCACUGUUUCACUACAAGAACUAUGGGGGCGAUGUGGCCAGGAUACUCUGUGGUGUUCAGUGUCCCGACUCAGAGAGACACCAGUUGGAAGGCUUCCUCAAGGAGGUCGGUUACCCAUUCAAGGAGUGUACGAACAAUGAAACAUAUAAGAUGUUCUUGAGGGACUAA